UUAGAAAUGGCAGAAGCUGCAUUAGACAGUGAUUACCUCGAACCAGUUCUAGUAGUCGCCAAAGCAAAAUAUAACUUCAAAGGCAAGAAUAAUGAUGAGCUGUCAUUCUGCAAGAACGAUAUGAUCACAGUUACUCAACAGAUUGAAGGUGGUUGGUGGGAAGGCACGCUGAACGGGAAAACUGGAUGGUUUCCUUCAAAUUAUGCCAGUAUUAUCACAGAGAAAGAUAAAUUGAUGAGGUCCAAGUCGGUGCCUAAUGCGACUUUACUUGCCAAUGGUGGGAAUGCCGGAAAUGGAGUCGCAGUGAGCGGUGAUGUAAUGAGUCCAAAUGCUUCUCGACUGCAGUUUCGAGCAGAAAUAAUGCGAGAUUUUAUUCGAUCCGAAGAUGCUUACGUGCUUAGCGUGCAGAGAACUUAUGAAGAGCUUCUGUUACCAAUCCGAGCUGCUAGCAUACUAAGUCCUGAAGAUUAUGCUGUGCUUUCCUGUUACAUCGAAGAUAUCUGUCUGUUGCAAAAGAGUACACUCAGUCGUGUGAAGGAAGCACUUACUCUAGAAGUUCCACAACAACGCAUUGGAGGAAUUCUACUCUCUUGUGCUGCUGAGCUAAGGCGCUUGCUCGUCGCUUAUUGCGAGAAUCACCCAAAAGCUGUCGAGGUGUUGAAUGAGAAGAUGGAUGCCGUGCGUAGCGUGCUUGUGGCAAAAGGAAAAGACGUAGCAAGCCUGAUUGCUGGCCUAAGCGAACCUUUUCGACACCUCGACAAAUAUCCCGCUGUUCUGCAGGAACUGGAAAGGAGUAUGCCCGAGGGGCACGCUGAUCGUGGUGAUGUUCAGCGAUCUUGUGCAGUGUUCAAAGAAAUGAAGUUACUAUGUGAAGCUGUUCGUAAACAAAAAGAACUUCAACUCGAGCUUCUGUACACCGGUCAGGUCGAGGGAUGGGCAUCUUUCGAGCAGCGGGGUCGUAUUCUUUAUGUUGGUGUCGCACCAGUCAUCUAUGAUGGAGCAUGCGAUGACCGAUGUUUUGCCUUGUUUUCGAAACUGCUGAUUGUGCUGGAGAUCACCAUGGAUGUAAACUCGUAUAAACUACUCAGGAAGGUGCCAACAAACAAUUUGCGAGUCCGAGUUAUGGAGAAUCGCAGUGGAUUAGUGGUUGGUGAUAUGGAAAUCCAGAUCUCGUCUUGGUUUGAUACUGAGCGUUGGCUAGAGGCUUUUGCGCGAUGCGAAGGUAUAGUAAUUGAGGAAUCGUUUGUUAUGUCAUCCCCACCCGUGCCACAAUCUUACGCUGUCAAUAACAUGCAUAUGCUGUCUCCUUCACGAAUGGCAGAUGUAUCUGACAUGCCAUCUGCCGAGCGAGCAGUAGUUGGAAGGAAACCGUCCAUAGGACACAAUGAUUUGCGCUUGAAUCAUGAGCUAGAAAUGAUUUUACCAGAUGAGAUUGAUGAUCCUGAUAUCAAUGCCCAUAACCAUCGCUCUCUUAAUGACAUUAGCAAGAAGUUGUGCUUGCGCGUUGACCCUCCUCAUCGAACCGUUUUACCAUCAUCAAGUGCGAAAAAGAGUGUGAAGUUGAGAAAAGAAGCAAGCAUUGGCGAACAGCAUGACGCUCACCUUCUGCGCAUUAUUGAAGCUUAUUGUAGUGGGGCAGUACGUGCACCUCCAGGUAUUGCGGACUGCAGACCACCGCAACUCAUUGUGGCUGAAGAUGAGAAGAUACUAGUGGAGGAAAUGGUUGGAGAUGAAAUAGUUAUACAAGAGAAGAGUUUGGUCGAUACAGUAUACGCAUUGAAGGAUCAACUUAUCGGCUUACGCCAAGAGUUGGCAGCUGUUAAUCGAGCUCUAGAUCGAGAGCAGAGAGCUAGGCGACGGCUGGAAGAGAUGGUUCGUCGAGGCAGCAUGCUCGCCAGUUCUCCAGUAUCGACUCCACGACCGACAGCCGAAAUGAGCGUGUCGCAAUGAUAAGUUAACCCCUACCCUUUGUGACGCAUCUUUACAUAUAUCAUAACCCAGUAUUGUCAUUGCGUUGUAGAGAAUACGUUAGUGUAAUUCUAUCGCGGGUUUGCUUUAGUACCAUUUUUGAUAUCUUCUUCUACAUCCUACUGUCUGCAGUGCGUCCUUUACUCGUGAAAUUAGGGUACUUUGUAAUCGUUGAACAUCUUCUUCGCUCCUAUGUUUGACAUUUUUCAUUGCUGUUCAACCACAGUUCCAACUGUACAGUAGAGAAACCUCAUGAUUUUUGAACCACGCCUGUACUUCAAAUGUGGUAAUGUCUGCAGAUAUUGUUUGGUGGACACAAUUAGAAAUGUUGUCGCGCUAGCAUGGUUCUUGGCUGCAUUAUAGGAAAUUUCUUGUGCUUGUGGGCAUUUAACAUCCAAAAGUGCCAAACUUACAUCAAUAAUCUUGGUGCGCAUCAUAGACGGUAUAUCUGUAAUUCUCUAAUACAUACAACUGUAAAGAUUGUGAAAGGUUAACCAUGAAUAUCAAAAAUGUGUGCUAUUUGGGUCUAAACUGGCAAUAAAAAUCGCGC